AUGGUCAAUAACGCGCCUCUCAUAUUACACCUCGUUCGCCAGUUGUCCGACUCAGAACAAUCUCCGGAACAACCGGUGAGGGAACGCAUUGUAUCUCAGCCAUGUCUCCUUGCUCGUCUUCCAUCUGUCGCUUUUCUGCAGCGUGAGGCAGAACAGCUCGCACCGCAGGCGGUGAUGAGGGAGUUGCGACACUCGGCUAGCGCAGCGACCCUUGCGCUAGAUUCUCACGAGGACGUUCAAAGUGAAACCGAGACAGAGGCUUCUCCUAUCUCACCACAGAAGGAUCACAAAUUCAAGGCCCUUGUUUCUAUGAUCUCGUCAAUUGCUCCUUCAGCGCGGCACACGAGUUUACAGAAGGGAACGGAGACUGGAACAACCAAGUUGAAGAAAGAUCCAGAGCCAUGGGAAGUUUUCAGAGCAAUUGAGAAGAAAGACGUCAUGUAUCUCAUGGAAGUUCGAGACCGCGCAUUCCACCUACUGUUGCGCUAUCAUGGCGGCGUCACACCAAUUGUGCAUGCAAUGCGCAUCGGCAAGUCGCACCAGGAUGUAGCCAUAGUUCUUUUAGGCGCGUUCUCGCGAUAUGUCAAUCACCUUGAAGAUGAAGACUUCUCACUGCCUGCAACGAAAGAAUAUCUGGGCCUGCUUCGAAUAAACUUAGGUCUUGCAAUUGACUUAGGCUUACAAACUUCUCAGCCCGAUCUGAUACCUUCUUUUCUUCAAACCCUUGUCAUGAGUGAAGGGGAACAGUGGGUGAAGAAGACUUCAGGAUAUAUAGCUCGUCUACUUCGUGAUAAGGGGGCUAAACCCGUUGAAGCUGCCGAAACUGCUGUGAGAACGUUUGCAACGGCGCAACUGAAACAUGCAGAAAUGAUUAUUGCACUUGAGGAUUACAUCGCAAACGCUGCAACUGACUUGCUGAUGAUGGGUGCAUGGCUUUGUGCGCUCGACAAAAUUGACGGCCAACCAAUAUCCUCCUACCUUUUCGCUCGGGACGAUCGUGUAUACAAGAUGUUUGACGAAUUGCUUUUCAAGAGCAGGUAUGCAGUCCGCAGCCUGGGCCGAAGACUGCAGUGGCAGUUCAGGGUUCUACGGCAUGUGAUGGAAGGCCAGAAACUCAGUUUCCGAGGCAAGUUGACGUUCCUUGCUGAUGAAUUCGACUGCGGACCGGACCGCGAGAUUAAUUAUGACGGAUAUGCGUCAUCAUAA